AUGUCAGUCACCGAGGAAUGGGAAACGACAGAUAUUCUGAUCUGCGGAUGCGGCCCGACUGGAGCCAUGCUCUCGGGGUACCUGGGCAAAUUGGGUGUUCGAAACAUUGUUCUUGAGAAAGAAGCAGCGAUUACCACCGAUCCAAGGGGUAUUGCGCUUGACGAUGAUGCCAUUCGACUCAUGCAGGGUCUGGGUUUGCUUGCCAAAGGUUCGAUUCAUAAGCGGAACUCACCACGAUCUACACACGAAACCUUUUCUCUGCAUGGACACAUCUUCGAGGAUGCGGAUUGGGUCUAUGCCACGUACAGCGAUGCAUCCGGGACAGAGAGAAAGCUACGUGCGAAAUUUCUAGCUGCGGCCGAUGGCAAGACGGGCUUCACGCGGAAGAUGUAUCUCGAGCCAAAGGGCAUUCAACUGAAUUGGGCUGAACAGACGAAGUAUGAAGAAACCUGGGUAGCACUUAACUGGAAACUUCAUUUACCGACGAAAGAGACGCAUCCCUCAUUCCCUUUGUGGGAGCUGGGAUACACGCCGGAAGAGGUAUAUAAUUUAUUCUUCCCGGCUGAUUUCCGCUUCCUCUGCAACCCAGAGAGGCCCGCUGUAUGUGGAAGAUUUGGCCGACCUGAAGAUCGGCUCUGGCGUUUCGAGUUUGUCGUUGCUUCCGAGGAGGAUGAUAUGGAGAUGGCGACGCGGAAGAAAGUGCGCGAGGUGGUCUAUCCCUACUUGACAUAUCCUGGGAGUCGUUAUGGAUUGAAAGAAGAUAUCGAGUUUCCAGAGGACUGUAUUGAAGUUCUGCGAUCUAGACCUUUUCGGUUCUCGGCAAGAAGCUGUAACAAGUGGGCUCUUGGCCGGGUCAUUCUCUGCGGAGAUGCUGCCCAUGUGUUUCCCCCGUUCGGGGGGCAGGGCAUUGCCUCCGGUUUCAGAGAUGCGAAUGCUCUCGCCUGGCGCCUCGCUAUUGCCUGUUCCAGUCUUCGAAUAGACUAUGAGAGUCUUUUCAAGGGCUGGUACCUGGAGAGAAAACAACAGCUCGAUGCCUCCCUGGCCAGUACAAUCCGAAAUGGAGACAUGGUCAACGGAACAGGGUUGAAACACACAUUCAUCCGCAACUGGGCCUUGUGGUUGAUCCAGCUUAUUCCAAGCUGGAAGCAUUUCCUUGAACGGGGCCCUCGAAGCAGUGGAGCGAUUCAAUACAGUUACUUACCAGAGAUGCCUUUCAUGCCCGAGCUGAGUGGUGGGAGUUGCUUUCCUCAAACAUAUUGCAUGGCGCUACAUAAGGACGCGGCGGUUCAAUUCACGGACGAUGUGAUUUUUGAGGGCAAGACUAGCUUGUUCCAGAUUGUGGUUUUGCUUAACAACGUCGAGGAGCUGGCUUCUGCGGUGCAUGAUUUGAAGGCACUUAAUGAAGGCAAUGAGCUACUAUCUCUGCGCGACGCUACAUUCUUCGUUCCCCGCACGAGCUGCAAGCCCGAUACCGAUUAUGGGUCUCGCCAGUCGGUGUGUCGAACUGCCACGGGUGAUGAGUUUGCUUCUUCGAUACUAUGCGAUUCACGACCUAUCCCUCGAGGCUACGAUGAAAUGUUGAUGUGGAAGAGUGUCAAUGGGAAGCGGUAUGUGGUGUUGAGACCUGACCGGUUCGUAUUCGCGGCUUGUAACACGGAGGCCGAGCUGGGGAAGGCUGCUACACGGCUGGCCCAGUUGUUUGACAUUUAG